AUGCUUGAAUUUGGUUACUCGAGAGAAAUAAGUCUUAAAGUUUUGGAGGCCAGCGGGGCGAAAACAAUUGAUGAUGCCUUGAAUUGGAUUGAGCUUACCGAGGAUCAGGAUAUCAGUUGGGACCCUCCCCCAGUAAACACAAAUAAUGUAAAUGAUGAUGAUAAUAUAAACAGAGGAUCAUCAACGAAAUUUAUAGAUGAUCCGAUGCCCCAUAACAGUUCUUAUAGCAAUAGUGAAAAUAAAAUAAAAUUAACACCUGAAGAAGCUCGUAAAAAAGCCUUAGAAUUACAAAAAAAAAUACGUGAAAAGAAAUUAUUGAAAGAGAAAGAAGAAGAAUUGCAAAAAGAGAAAAAUCGAAUUGCUAUGGCAAAAGAAGUGCAAAAAAGGAGAGAACAAUUAGAAGAAUAUGAAAGAAAAAAAUAUAUAGAAAAUUUAGAAAAAGAAAAAAAUGAGCAUAAAAAAGAAAAAGAGAAACAACUCGAAUUGUUAAGAAGAGAAUAUGAAGCUAAGUUUGGUAUUGCUUAUAAACAAGAAAGUGAAAAAAAAAAUAUCCAAGAUCUAACGGAAAAUGAGAAAAGAGAAGAAAUUGCUAUUUUACUUAAUAAUUUAAAAAAUAAAAAUAAAGACAAAAAAAAAGAGUUCAUAAGCUCUUUAAAUAUUCUAAAAACUUAUUUUACUAAUAUAAAAGAUAACAUUUUGGAAAAAAAAUUUCAAAAAAUUAAAAAGGAAAAUAAAAUUUUUGUUGAAAAAAUUAAAAUAUACGAAGAAAUGCUCAGUAUUUUUUUGCUAGUUGGCUUUGAGGACACAGGCGAAUUUUAUGUUAUUAAGAAUUAUCCUAACACAUAUUUACUUUCAUCAGCUGUCAAGUUUAUUGAUCUAGUAAUUAAAGCAUUAGAUACAUAG